AUUCAAUGAAAAGGUCGUACCAGGAGCAGUCGGGUUGCUCGCUCGCACAACAAAAGCCCGAAUCGCUCAUCUGGAAAGAAUAUAUUAUAAUCGUGGUAUAAAGCUGAGUUUUCCCAAACAACAUGGAGAAUACGUGUACAAGUAUAUUUUGGUGCACCAUUUGCUUCACUUUGUGGCCUCGAUUCAUUCAAGCCCAGCGAGAAGGCGACGUCAGGCUGAUGAAUGGUGGUCAAUCAUCUCGAGGUCGAGUGGAGGUCUACGAUGGCGAACGAUGGACAACGGUCUGUGAUGAUUACUGGGACAAUGUAGAUGCUAUGGUUGUUUGUCGACAGCUCGGUUAUGACCCGGGUGGAGCUAUCGCCCAGUAUUCAGCCGUCUAUGGCAUGGGAACUGGGUAUAUAUCACUUGAUAAUGUACAGUGUUUCGGCCAAGAAGAAAAGUUGGUACAUUGUCCAAGCUCGUCCAGGCCGAGCAAUUGUAAACACUCUGAAGAUGCUGGAGUUGACUGUGUUCCAAAGGAUGGAGAUGUACGGCUGGUGGGAGGUUCAUCGCGCAGUGAAGGCCGUGUAGAGAUAUUCCACGAUCGGCAAUGGGGUACAAUCUGCGAUUCAAGAUGGGACGAAGAUGAUGCUUCGGUUGUCUGUCAUCAGGUCGGCUUCCCAAGCGAUCACGUGACAGCUGUUUCUAACGCCUAUUUUGGACGAGGGAGACAGAGAGUUGUCCUGGGUAACGUCGGUUGCUCAGGAAGCGAGUCCAGUCUGUUAUCAUGUUCGAGUGAAUGGUAUCCUAGUUCCUGCUUCCAUUCCGAUGAUGCUGGUGUCAUAUGCGGCGAAAGUCAAUCAACAUCGUCAUCAUCGACAUCAUCAGUGCUGGUUGGGUGCCUGUCCUUUGCCAGCAUUGUCCUACUCAUCUUGAUGGUUGCCAUCGUCAUACACUUCAAACGUGGCAAGAAAUUAGCAUGUCCUUCUGGGAUGAGGCAUAUGGCUGAAAACAUAAGAAACCCAUUUGCCUUCCAAGGCGAGUCAAGGAACGCAUCCCAAGCCCACCAGGAAGAGAGUGAACUAACGCCACAUCACCUUCCUCCAGAAUACCCACUGACGGUUCACCUUGAUCACCACCGUCCUUCAUAUGUCGAUGGUCCACCAAUCAACGUGACAAACAUUUCUGUGAAUGUGAACUCUGACAAUCGGCAGAUUUUUCUCUUCCCUUCGGAUCUAACUUCACCACCGCCGUACAGUCCUUCCACCACUGAUGCUAGAAGUAGUGUGUCUUCAGGCCUGAUGAUAUCGCCCCCGCCUUACAGUCCGUCCAGCGAGCAACAACCACCUAUUGCAGAAGAAAACAUUGACCAAAGGAACACACAAGGAGGCAUAUUAAUUUUGAAUGGGAGUCCCGAACAAAGUGGGUUGACCAUCCAACCAGUUCAAUCUCCUGUCUGUGGUACCUUUCCACCACCGUAUGAUGAUCAUUUAUCCAACCACUCCAUUACAUCAACUGACGAUCACAAUAGCGACCACACCCCAUCAUCUCCUCAGCACAGAGCUUCAAUAAUCUCUAGCAAUGGACAACUCUCUCCAGCAGCCAUUGAACCGCCUCCAUAUUCCCCAUGGAGUGUUAGUACAUUUGUAUGAUUUAUCAAUGAACAACAUGUCAAGUUGUAUACUGGUUUCUCAAUCUUCUAGGAACAAAAGAAUGGAAGGUACAGAUGUACUAUAUAUGUAGGUGGAUAAUGUCUUAAAUGGCCCCAAGCCAGUUGCAUGGUCACCAGGCUAUACACUUCCUAGUUCCUAGUUACAGAUUAUGGCAAACUAGUGAGGUGACAUUUGGUCACAGCAAAUCAUUUUGUUCAGUGUCCAGGUGGUUUGCCUGACAAAGCAGUUGUGAAGCAACCUCUUAUCUCAAACCUGGUUGGUUAAAUUCUGUAAUACAUGGCUUCAGCACUUCAUCCGUUGACAUGCUCUCACCUACAUGAUAGAGCCAAUGUCUUGAGGUGUGAUAGAUGUUCCAGGAUGUUCCUAGAUAUAUGGUCUAGGAUUCAGUGGAUAGGUCUUGGACUGAGAACCAUGACCAGCCCAGGUACGAGGUAUGAUGGAGUGCAUGUAGGACAGAAUGCUGACAUCUUUCAUUGUGUCGGAUUGGUCUUAAUUUGCCACAUUCAUUCACGAUGACUAGAAUCAUGGGCAUACUACUGUCCUGAGUAACAGUAAAUGACAUAGACAAAGCACGUGAUGACAGCCAUGCUUAAGUGCCAAAAACAAGGAUAUGUCAGAUUUAGAUCAAGAGAAGUAUCCACUUUUGUGGUAUACCAGGCUUACAAACGUCCACCCAAUACCUGUGAAUUAUCAGGCCUUGUUGAAAGACUGUUAUAGUCAACAUAAGAUGAACAAAACAUGUAUGCCAAUAUGAAGAACAAUUUGCUGACAUCCCUAUGUAAAUGAAUUAUAUCAUUGAAAUACCUAAUGAAAUUAGAUUUUAUAUAGAGAAUUUUAUAUCACAACCAUAUACUGAGUCACAUUUUUAUUUAUAUGAAAUAAAGAAAAUAUAAGAGUAUAAAGAGUAUAUUUUUAUAAGUUGUGAAUGGUAUCAGCCAUUUGAAAAAAACAUCUCAUUAAUUGUUAGAAGACUGAGAAACAUAUUGUAGAAUUAUGGUGUUCAGACAUUAAGUUUUCAAAUGGAAUAUUUCAAAUGUAUUUUGCCAAAAAUUCAACCGAACUGCAGUGUGCUACAACUCUAUUAUAUACAGCGCGUCCCAGAAAAAACAAAACCGAGAUUAAGCGACGAUUUAUCAUAACUUAUUCACAAAUACAAUAGACAAAUGACCUACCAAUGUAAGGCUUUUGCUGAAUCAUCAGAAUAAUUUUAGCUUAGGAAAAGAGUUGACCACUGGUAGUCUAGGGGGUAUUUCCCAAAGAUGUAAGUGUGACUUAAGUCUUAGAGUUACGGUAAAAAGGCAUCACCGCAUUGGUCAAAUCAUGCUAAGAGCUGCUUUAUUGAGUAUGAAGAUUGCACAUUACAUACCAUGUGUGCAUCAGCAUUUGAGCAUGACCGAGUCAUACCUAACUCUUUGUGAAAAUCCCACUGGUUAUUUAAACCAUGGCUUAAGGGGAAGUUCGCCCUACAUAAAGAUUGUUGUAAAAAUACCAGAAAAAAAAUAUUGGUGAAGGUUUGAAGAAAAUCCAUCAAAGAUUUGGAAAGUUAUUAGAAGUUAAAUUUUGAUUUGCGAUGCCGUAUCAGCUUGUCAUAUAUGAUGUCACAAAAACAGAAGAAAUUGUUAUGACUAAAACAAAAUUAAGUUUUAAUAACUUGAAAAAAAAAUCUUUGAUAAAUAUUCCCUUACCAAUAUUUUUUACAAUUUUUUCUUUUAUUGUUACAAUAUUUGUAUCUUGAGGGUGAACUUAAAAAAUAAAAAUAUCAAAUGAUUGCAUGGAUUGUCGAUCUUCAAACAUGAAACACACAGAGUUGGCAAUUGUCAUUAUAUUAUGAAAAUUGUUGACUUCCUUCAUUUGAAUGACCUGAAACUUAUUCUCAAUAAACUUUGUACAUAGACAGCUCAAAUCCAGUGAACAAAAUGAUAUAAUUCUGCAAACUGGCAAUGGAAGGGACAAAACAGAGCCCUUCUGCACUGCUACUUUAGACAAACAAAAAAUUUGACUUCUUUGUAACUUCCUAUGCAAACCUCAGUGUAGUUUGCUGCAUGCAAAUAUAUUGAACUAGUCUAAGUUGAUAUACUUUAAUUCAACCUUGUAUACUAUUCAGAGCCCUGUUACACGAAGAAAUACAAUCAGUAUUACAAUUGAUUGUAAUAUUUAGAUCAUGUUGCUAUAUUUAUAAUAACUUUAAAAUUGAUUGUAUAUUUUGAUGUUAGAGGCUCCAGAACUCUUUUAUUUAGGGUGCACAUAAGAUUCAUUAUGAAAUAUUUCAUUUUGUUGUAUAGAAUUCAUUUAUUUUCAUCAAAUGUAAAAAAUAGUACAAAACAGAAGUCUGUACACAAUAUCUCAUUAAAAGAUAUCAUAAAAUACUGUAGAUUUGAUACGUAAAUCUAAAUGUAUAACCGUAAAAUGAGAAAAUGGCGCAUGAUUUUUUUAAGUAAGCAACUUAAAUGUUAGAUCAUCGCAACUGUAGCGAAGUAAAAUGCCAUAUGAUGCUAGCACUUGUGGGAAAGUAUACAUAAUGGUCAUACUUAUGAGGACAAAACAGGCUGAAAUAUAGACAAACAAAAUGUAAGACUUGGCAAAUAUAAAUCUAUAUGUGCAGCUUAUUAUGGCUCGUAUGGUCAUGUAUUAUUUGUAUUUCUUUUUUUUCUUCUUUUUUACAAGUAUCUAAUGGAAGAAGAACUACAGUUCCUCAUGUAUCUUGAUGUUGCUUUCUCUUUUGCCUUUAAUACUAGUAUUCUAUUUGUAUCCUUAUGUAAAGGAAACUGAAGUUAAAAUACACAUUUCAGCAACUUGCUCCAGAAUAGCAAAUAAAUGUAAUGGCACAUUUCCUAGAAAAAAAAAUUAAGAAGGGAUAGGGUUGUCUGCAAGCAGUCUUAUUUUUGACACCAAAACCAUGUCUAGAGUUAAGACUAGACUCUGAACUCUCUCGUCUGUUUCAGGUAACAUUCACAGUAAAUUGUGAACCUAGUCUUACUACGUCAGACUCUGCACCAUGCACUAAGUGAAUUGUAAAAAGCAAGGGUCUGUGCCUGCAGAAUAGGGCCAGGGGGGGGGGCAGCGCACCUCCGAUUGUGGACAUUGGAAAAGAUGUAACUGAAAAUUAGUAAUAAUAUUCCGCAUUUACAUGUAUACAGCGCUUAACACAGCGGAACUAUGUCUCUAAGCGCUUUACAGAUAUAUUAUUAGAUUUGAAUUCAUCAGGUUUCUAGUAUUAUGAAUUUUACUCUAUUCAUCUGGAUAUAAUUAUUUUCAGCCCCGAGUAUGCUCCGCCUUUCAGUCCAAUGCUCAGAUAAUCUUUACACUUUGAAAAGUGAAAAUGUGGAUAAUAAGCAGUUUAUACUCGCAUAGGCUAAGUGGUGUUAGGCCAGGGUCCCGUUUCAUAAAGGCUUGUUAUAACAACAAAUGCUCAGUUUCUAUAACAAAUUUACUUUCAGCCAAUCAGAUUCAAGGAUUUCAGUAGCAUUUAACUAUUACUGCAACGUUGUUUUUAGUCCAUAACAAGUUUCAUGAAACGAACCCCAGGUGGAUGCUUGGCAAAAUAUGUAGCCCAACUGGAAAUUAGACUAAUGGCAAAUGGACUAAGUGGCAAUUAGAUCGAAGAGUUGAUAGUACCAACAAACUGGCUGUAGAUGAACAAGAUAGACUACAUGUAUGUCGGAUGAGACCAAAGAAAAAGUUGACAAAGUGUGUGUAGACCAAGAGGCAAUUUACAACAAAAAGUAUUCAUACAAUCACACACCAUGCAGUUAACAUAUAGUCUCCUGCUAGUACUUAUCAGAGAUAUGAAGUACAUAUUUUUCAAAUGACAUUUUCUAAUAGCUACAACAUUAAAACAUUAAGAACAUACUAUUAACCUAAUUGGUAAAACUUUACAUCUCUACUACUCUAUGCAUGUAAUUCAGAGUCUUAUACUAUAAAACGACAAACAUAGAUGCCAGCAAUCUAGUGAUAACAAUGUGUCUAUAAUGUAAGUAUACUACAGUACAAAAAUAUCUUUAAUACAGUAAACAAACCACAAACAUACAACUG